CCCCCUCUCCCUCCCUUUUUGAACACCCAACUACUGCAGAAUCGUUUCUAUGGAGAUUCCGCUGUCUCCACCCAGCCCCACGUAGUCUACUGCAGGAGCCUCCCCGGCGUUGAGUUUGCAGAAAGCUGUGGUCAUUCGGCAGCUGCUGAAUCACGUCGAGAUUUCAUCCGCAGCGUCAGGUCGCGUUAUUUAAUUCAUUGUGGACUGCGCCGGCUGAUGAUUGCGUUCGGCAUCUUCAGCUCAAGGCAUUGAAAGUUGUAACCCUAAAUUCUCUCGUUCAGAAUGUCGGCGGUUUCACGACGUAGCUCCAUUUUGGUUCCAAUUAAGAACAUUGAGCGGGAGCUCAUCUGCCCAAUCUGCAAGGAGCUGUUCACGCACCCGCUCAUUCUGCCCUGCCAGCACAGCGUUUGUCACAAGUGUGUCAAAGAACUGCUCCUUCUGAACCAUGAAGAUUCCCUCAGCACUGAUGCGGGAUCAGAGUCCUCCCUUCCCGGGAGUCCUCGCUCCAGAGUUCCCUCUCCCAGUAUGGAGAGACUUGACCGGCUCGUGAGAUCAGGUUCGAUCUCCUCGCCGGGGUGGAGGCGGGGCUCGGUGACCCCCCGCAUCACCACCUUUCCGUGCCCGGGCUGCCAGCACGACAUCGACCUGGGCGAGCGGGGCAUCAGCAUGCUGUUCCGCAACUUCACGCUGGAGUCCAUCGUGGAGCGGUACCGGCAGGCCGCGCGCGCCGCGGUGGCCAUCCUGUGCAACGUGUGCAAGCCGCCGCCGCAGGAGGCCACCAAGAGCUGCAUGGACUGCAAGGCCAGCUACUGCAACGAGUGCUUCAAGCUCUACCACCCCUGGGGCACCCCCAAGGCGCAGCACGAGUACGUGGGGCCCACCACCAACUUCAGGCCCAAGGUGCUGAUGUGUCCCGAGCACGAGAUGGAGAAGGUGAACAUGUACUGCGAGGUGUGCCGGCGUCCGGUGUGCCACCUCUGCAAGCUGGGUGGCUCCCACGCCAACCACAGGGUCACGUCCAUGAGCAGCGCGUACAAGAUCCUCAAGGAGAAGCUUUCAAAGAGUAUCCAUUACCUAAUCAGCAAAGAGGACAAAGUCAGGACUCAGAUUUCCGAGCUGGAGGUGUUGAUUAGUCAAACCGAGGAGAACGGCGCGGAGGCGGAGCGCCGGGCCCACGAGCACUUCGACCGGCUCUUCGGCAUCCUGCAGGAGAAGAAGGACGAGAUGCUGCGGUCCAUCGAGGGGUCUCGCGCGCGGCGCCUGGGCAGCCUGCGCGGCCAGGUGGACGAGUACCAGGGCAUGCUGGAGAACAGCGGCCUGGUGGGCUACGCGCAGGAGGUGCUCAAGGAGACCGACCAGUCCUGCUUCGUCCAGACCGCCAAGCAGCUGCACAACAGAAUCCAGAAAGCUACGGAGUCUCUGAAGACCUUCCACCCGGCGGCUGACCCCUCCUUCGAGGACUACGUCCUGGACGUGUCCAAGGAGGAGGCCGUGCUGAAGGAGCUGUCUUUCGGGGGAGUGCCCGAUCCCCCCGUCAUCGACAGGACGCGGAGUCGCGUGUACAACGAGGGGCUGAUCUGCUGGGACGUCCCGGAGGACGGCCUGCCCACGGACCAGCACUUCCUGGAGUUCAGGAAGCUCGGCGGGGGCGGGGGCGGGGGCAGCGCCGGCGGCGGUGAGGAAGAGGAGGAGGGGGGCGGAGAUUGGCGGCUCAGGGAGAAGGUGUACGGCUGCAGCUCCGUGGUGUGCGCCCUGGAGGGCGACAGCGUGUACUCCUUCAGGGUCCGAAGCCGCCGCGAAGCCUUCUUCAGCGCCUACGGCCCGGAGGUGUCCUUCCACACCCCGCCCGCGCCAGUGUUCAGCUUCCUGUUCAACGACAAGUGCGGCUUCAGCCCCGAGCGGCUGUCGCUGAGCGUGCGGCGGGACGCGGUGGAGAGCGUGGCGGGGCUGCCCUUCCUGCUGGCGGCCGAGCGCGUGCAGACCGGGGCCUACGUCUGCCUGGACUACAUCAUCGGCGACGCCGGCGUCUCGCAGGGCCGCCACUUCUGGGCCUUCCACGUGCAGCCGCACUCCUACCUGGUCAAGGUGGGCGUGGCCUCCGACUCCAAGCUGCAGGAGUGGUUCCACAGCCCGCGCGACACCAGCAGCCCCAGGUACGACCACGACAGCGGCCACGACAGCGGCAGCGAGGACACCUGCUACGAGCUGUCCCAGCCCUUCACCCUGCUCACCGUGGGGAUGGGCAAGCUCUUCAUCCCCAAGGGCUCCGUCGCCGCGGCGGCGGCCCCCGGCGACCACGGCAGCCGCGUGCUGCCCAUGCCCCAGCGCAUCGGCGUCUGCCUGGACUACGAGGAGGGGCGGGUCUUCUUCUACGACGCCGACAGCAUGCGCUGCCUGUACGAGCGCCAGGUGGACUGCACGGGCACCAUGUACCCCGCCUUCGCCCUGAUGGGCAGCGGGGGGGUGCACCUGGAGGAGGUCAUCACCGCCAAGCGGCUGGCGUACGAUGGGGAGGGGCAGUAGACGCCUGUACCCCCCACCGUGUGUGGUCCCCCCCCCCCCCCCACACCUUCCUGCCGGUCCUCCUAUCUGGUCUCUGCCUUCGAGAUCUUUCUCGUAGCCGUUAGCAACCGCCUCCAUCUCCCGUACCAAUUUAAGUUGGUUUGCAUCACGCCGCACGCCAGGAACACCUUACUGAUGUAGCACUACUGUAAUACUAAGCCAAGUGAAAACCUGAAAAACUUUGCCUAUGACCACUGGUGUGCCUUGACCCUUUUAGAUGAAUUAUGGCUUACAAUAAUAGUAAUAAUGAGGGUAACAAUAAUAAUAAUGAGGAUGAUCAUAAUUACCAUCUUGAAGAUGAUCAGUAAUAAUAAUGGUACUAAGUGAGCCUUGGUUAUGGGGUCUGCACGGGGGAUCGAGCGUCCAAUUACCAAAAUCUGUGAAAGAUGCAAAAGUUCACGACUGACAUCCACACAAUUAUAACUGACAUGCACAAACAUGUCAGAUGUAGUCCCCCCUCAGCCCCUUUGUAAAUGUUUUUUUUUGUCUGUUUUUUGUGAAAAGGAUUUUUAAAACGGUCAAGGGGAGUUUGGAUAUUGUCUGGUUAUUUUUCAAGGCCAACCAUAAAUGUUAGAACAUUUGAAUACUAAUUAAAUACACGGUAGGGGUGAAGUUUUCCAUUUCGAAAGUUUCACAGGGUGAAUUCAUUAAAGGCACAAUCAAUUAAAUAUCUACUUUUUUAAAAAUGAGGGUUAUUUAAUAGAUAAGAAGUUGAUGGGUAAGAAGUUGCGUAUUGCAGUAUUAAAGUUAUUCAUCAGAGUAGUGCUUUUGAAAGUUAGAUUUAAUACCCCCCCCUUUCCUUUUACACUAUAUUCACUUGCACAUAGCCUGUAGAUGUGGUCACUAUAGUUGUAAUGUAACGUGUUGAUAAGAUUUCACACAUUUCUUUUGAAGGAUAUCUGUUCACUGCAAUCGAUAGGAAGUUAUUCAUUGGGAAACUAGUUGGGAGCACCUUGCACAUUAGUAUCUGAAGUUUCCCUACCUUCUCAACACUACUUAAUAGCUUAACACCUUUCCCCGCUUGAUUUAGGGUUGUAAGGUAACUAUUUAGCAAUUCAGAUUUGAGCUCCACAAAAUGCAAUGCACCUUUUCACUAACUUGACUUUAAUCCAAAUCACAUGCACAGAAGCUUAUUCGUUAACUGUUCCACAAAGAAUAAAUUGCAGUUGCACUAUGUUGAUGUCGAUCAUGAAAUGAAAUAUAUAUUUCUUGAUUCUAAAGAACCGAUAAUGAAAAUACAUUGGUCUCAUCCGGUGUCUUUACCUAUUUGGAAGAUGUAGUGAGGAAAGCUGAUCAUGUAUAUAUUUGUACCUGUGCGCUGUACGCUGUUCGUGUUUUGGAUUUUUGGAUUUCAAUUCUUCUACUACUUAGAUGGGUCCCGUAAACACCGAGAAUGUAUUUCUGUACGCGGGACAAGGCGUGAAAGUAAAAGCAGGUUUGAGCUGCACGCGCGCUGCUACUCGAGCCUCUCGCUGCACGCGCGUCUUUCUGAAUCAGUCCAUCUGGGAAAGAAACGCAGCGUGACGAAUGUAGUUAACUGCGGAGAGCGGAGAUCGUCCGGCGGUUCGUCUGUCGAUCGGCCCUCGUGGAACAGGUCCGCGGUGUUGUGGUGGCCGCGCGGAAGUUCGGGCUGCUCGUGUCUUUUUCCCCCCCCCUCAAAAGGGAUGUGUUUUUUAAGGUAACUGGAAUAUCUGUCGGUCUGGCCAGGGUGUUUCGCUGUAAUAAGUUGUGUGAGUUACCUCAGGAUCUUGCCCCCCAUCGGGCUUUAGCUACCUACCUCCUUGCUGUACCCUGGCGCAACCUCUUAAUUGUACAUAAUUUUCUCAGCUCAGCUACAGAAACAAAGCAAAAAAAUAAAUAAACAUUUUUUGCUUUGCGAGGCAAUUGGAAUUUGUUUGCUGCAUAGCAUAUUUUCACUGAUUUAUAUUUCAACAGAGAUGGUACACAACCUGGAAUUUCUCUUUUCCGGAAGGUUCUUCCUGCAGAGCCAGUCUCACUGGUUACGUGUGAAUAAUACUGAAAAAUGAAUUUGCUGAGGCACAGAGGAAUACUCGAUUCAUUUUUAAAAUUAAGCAUUUAAGCAAAGCUUUUCUUAUUUUUGUAUUUUAGCCUUUGAAAAUGUGCAUAUCUAAAGACUGAAUAUGAUAUCUGGCUGGAAUGCAGCCAAAAAGGAGGAAAAGUAUGUAAAUGUAUUUCUAAUAUUGGAUGCCUCUUGGACACACAGUAAAAAAAAAAAAAAAAAAUCUGACUUAGCUGAACCUGUUCAAACCAAUUAAAUCGUCUGCUGUUCCUGGUGCUAUUCACAAUCCUUCGGCAAAAUACGGAAGGCUAACACAUUAACCAUCACUUGUUUAGGGCUUGUUUAUUUGUUUAAUUCUUUAUUCGUUUAGUUUGAAAACCGCCUCUCGAAGCCACAGCUGUAAAAGUUAUGCUUUGUUUAAAAUGAGACCAGUGAGGAAAAUUGGAUCUGAUUUUACGACUGCCGUGAUCACAGGGCUUUUUCAAAAUGUGCUCUUGGCUUUUCUGUCCUCUGUUUUUGUUUUGAGUGUCUGAGUGUCUUAAGAGUUUCUCUUUUGUGUUUGUGGUGAUUUGUUUUUUUAAAAUCUUGUGUGAAUAUUGUAAUCAUUUAUGGCAUUUGGGUACGGACUAAUGGGUGUUGAUAAAACUAAAGAAAGUAUCUUUUUUGUUGUACUACUUGGAUGUGAAACUUGCUGAGAACCUCCUGCAUAUCUUUUUGAUUUCUGGUGCUUGGUUUCCAUCAGAAUCCAUGCAGGGGAGAUAUGCAGGCUUUCUACAGUGGAUUACAUAAUCAAUUCAGAUUUCAUCCUGCGUAUUUAAUUUCACUGAAUGUAUGAUUGUUUUGGGGGUACGUAUAGAAUUAUUAAAUUGUCUGCAAAGUACUUGUGACCCCGCUUCUGGUCGUGGGGGUGGGACACAGAUUGGUUUUUUGUAGUAAUCACUGGAUAGGACUAGGUACCAUAGGUGCUUUUUUAGCUGCAUCAUUUGGGCUGAUAAAGCAGGAUUUCGCUUCAGAUGGUAAUAUCAAAACCAAAUAUUUGAGGACUUCCUAUCUGAUACGUUUUUUGAGCUAGCACUUUAUAGCAUGUACACUUUGCGCUGUGUGGUACCGUGUGGAUUGGUGUGCAAUAUGACUUAGACAACAAGAAGUACUGUAUUUGAGAAUGGAAAUGGGAUGUAACAUAGCUUUCUGUGAGUGUAAUGCUUUAAUGAAAAUGGGCUGUUUCUGUAUUCUGUUUCUUGAAAUAAUAAGCUUUUUUAAUUUGCUGUUUGGGGUUUUUUUAUAUAAAAUAAACUACAAAUCCAUUUCA